AAUUUUAACUAGUCAUGCCCUCCAUAUAAAAGGAAACAAAUAGAGGAGCUUGGCCAGCCUCCAUGCCUUUCCAAAGGUGGGCAAUAUAUGACAUUAUAACAAUGAAACCGGCUGUAUCAUAUAAGUUCCCCUAAUGAAUAGUGAUAAGGGAGAUAAAAUCAUAAGGAACAGUGAAUAUACUUAUGGUUUACUUACGUUUUAAUAAUAUUAAUUAAUUAUCGUUGACGAGGAGUCGUCUCUUCAUGUUGUGGUCUCUGUUGGGGGCAAGGAAGGAAGGGCCCAAGUAAAGAGCCAUGGGGCCAUCAUGGGCCGAGGAUAGGGGCCAGGCCCAAGAGGGGACCAAGGACUGUGGCCCAGGCAGUGGGCCCGGGCCUGGAGAGGGGCGCAUGGCGACAAAAGGGGGGUAAUGGUCAGAAGCGUACGGAGGAGACAAGGGGUGGGGCCGUGCGCCUCCGGGGCGCAGGCCGGUGUCAGAAUGUCGGGGCGCCUGGGGGAAAUAAGGUACAGUGCAUUUAAUGAGGUGAUGACGUAGGGCGGAUUUGGGGGGCAUUGGUCGACCCUUCCUCGGGUAUAAAUAGUGGAGCGGGUGGAGCUCAUUUACUCAGGUUCUAACUUCUCUCUAAAACUGAUAUUCAACUUCUCUCUCUAGAAAGUGGUUCUGACUUGGGCGUCGGAGUGCUAACGACCCCCCGUGGAGGGCUCGCUAGGCGCUUUCGUGUGCAGGAGGCGAGGCGCACGAGCAGGGCGGUUACGUGGCGCAAGGCGGGACGCACGAGUAGGGCGGUUACGUGGCACAAACAGUCUCCAACUACCCCCACCAACUCUUUAUCAAAUCCAAUUUGGGGGAAAGCAGAAAAGGACAGUGACAUGAAAUAGUGAUAUGAAAAUUCCAUUGAAAUUACCAUCCACAUACGUACCUAAAACAAUCGGUUUAUUACCUCUCAACUCAUUUACUCAAUCGGACCAACGAGCUAAAUCAGGUUGAUAACCACGCUUAAAACAACCAGGUUGAUUAUUUUUGUUUUGUUUGACGUGAGAACUUGAAUGCAGGUGACAACAUCUUCCGUGGAAGUAACAUAUGUACUGGUGCGAAUAUCAUCUUUCAACUGGGCCUAUUUUGAGGACUUGGCAUUGGCUUGUAGAUACACUCAAUGUGAAAUAGCAAGUGGUCGUGUCAACUUUCAAUAAUCAUGAAAAUCUAGUUAUGAAUUAUUGGUACAACAAAUAGCCUGCAAAAACAUUGUUUGAUUGGGAAGAUGUUGAUUUCGUGGUCCGUCGUCAUCGAUGAUGUGAAUUUGUGAUUAACAAACAAAUAUCGCAGCACCUUCUUGGCUCUUGCAGUCUUGCUCCAUCCCCACUACUUUGAACCUUCAAACCAAACACGGUCUUCUUCGUCCAAAAGCCUUCAUCUACUACACUACUCCUUGGUUGACUUUUUCUUUCACAUUUCUACUUCCCGGCAAAAUGAAGAUCGACGGCGUUGGACACGAUUGCGACGAAGACGGCGAUGAACUCGUCCUGACCCGACCUGCCGAGCGGCAGACAACACUCGUUAGUGAAAUCAUCACCCGUGGUACUACUCUUUUCCAUCCUUCCAACCUCUUCCUGCGCUUCCUCCCCAGAUUCAUUCGCCCCCAUCUGUUCUACCCACCGUGGCCGUCGUCGUCGCGGGACAUAGUUCCUCCUUCUCCUUCCUCCACACCUUCUUCGUCGAUUGUUCUGCCUCCGAAGCACGACGUCUUCAUCAGCUUCAGAGGAAAGGACGUUCGCGACGGCUUCCGGAGCCACCUCAACUCCUUCCUCAAACACCAGAAGAAAUUCGCUGUCUACGAAGAUGAUUCAGAUCUGGAAAGAGGAGAAGAGAUCUCGCCGUCGCUGUUGGAGGCGAUCGAGAGAUCCGCGUGCUACAUCGUGAUUUUCUCCCCCAAUUAUGCCGAUUCACCGUGGUGCCUGGACGAGCUCGUGAGGAUCUUUGACUGCGUUCAACGCUACGGACGGCGGGUAGUUCCGGUGUUCUACGGGGGCGUGGAUCCUUCUCAUGUCGAAAAUCAAACUGGAAGCUACCGGAAGCUUCCGAAGGGGGAGGCGGAUGGCAAAAUUCGGAGUUGGAAAGCUGCGUUGAGUAACGCAGCCGCCAUUUCGGGAUUCGAUUCACGAGUUACCAGACCUGAAUCAAAACUAAUUGAGGAAAUUUAUAGAGCUGUGCUACAAGCUCUAUCCGCUCAAAUGGUACCGGCUUCAUAUUCCAACGUGGGUUUGGUGGGAAUAGAGAGGAGGAUGAAUACGUUCCAACAGUUGGUAACUAGUGGGAGUAAAAAUUUGACUAUAGGACUGUGGGGGACGGGUGGCAUCGGGAAGACGACUCUUGCAAUGGCAUUCUACCAUAGGUUCUCUAGUCAAUUCGAACGCUCGUAUCUCUUGAGUAAUUUUUCCGACAAGUUAAGUGGUUCAUCGCAGUUGCCGGAUGGCUUGCAAAAUGAUUUAUUCUCUGCUUUGUUGGGUGAUGAGAAUGCGGAGAGAAUAUCUCGGAAUUUCAAAGACUAUCGGCUUGGCCAUACGAGGGCUUUGGUUGUCAUCGAUGAUGUGGGCGAUGAUGUUGAGGACAUCAGGCACUUGAACGAUUUGUUUUACAGACGAUAUUGUGACUUAUUUGCACCAGGAAGUGUAAUUAUCCUGACAAGCAGGAAUAAACAACUUCUUACGAAUGUGUGUCAUCAUGUUUAUGAAGUGGCGGCUCUUGAUAAACAUGAAGCUCUUCAGCUAUUCUGCUUUCAUGCAUUCAAAGAGCAUCAUCCUCCAAUUGAGUAUGAGAAGUGGUCCAAGAGAGCUAUCACUUAUGCGGAGGGUAACCCCUUAGCUCUCACUAUUUUAGGCUCACAUUUGUAUCGUAGGGACAAAAACUUUUGGGGUGUCGAGUUGAAAGCCUUGGAGCGUCACCCAAAUCAAGUGAUAAAGACGAGAGUCUUUCGGAGGAGUUAUGAUGGACUAGAUCGAGUAGAGAGAAAUGUAUUCCUUGAUAUUGCAUGUCUUUAUGGUCGAUCCGAGGUACAUGUCAACGAGUUGAAAAGACUAUUGGAUGGAAACUAUGUUGAACAUGGUGGGAGUGAAAACCUUAUUAUUAAAUUUAUUGAAAAAUCUAUACUAACAAUUUCCGAUCAUGGUGGCAUGCGCAUGCAUGGGGUGCUGAGUGAUUUGGGCCGUAGCAUUGUCAAUGAAGAGCUCCGACUCGAAAAACGUUCAUGGGUGUUUGAAGCUCAAGACGUAUAUAGUUUCUUUAAACAAGGCAAGGGAAGUAAAGUCACCCGAGGCAUUCGUUGGGAUAAAUCCCGUGGUGAGUCGGGGGUAGAGGCAAUACACAUGCAAUCUGAUGCUUUUGUGAAGUUGGAAAAUCUUAGAUACCUUGUGAUACGUCAAUCUGACACAAAAUUGGUUCUUUCUAAAGAUGGUUUGAGAUGCCUACCGAAUUCAUUGGUAAUUCUUAGGUGGAACUCAUUCCCAAUGAGAUGUUUACCAUAUGAAUUUUGUCCGGAGAAUCUAACGACACUGUUUUUGCCUUCAAGCAACGUAGAACGACUUUGGGACGACAUGCAGAAUGUGGAUUUAAGAAAUUUGAAGUUGCUUGAUCUAAACAAUUCCAAAUACUUGAAGAAGUUGCCUGAUCUCUCUACGGCUAAAAGAUUGGAAAGAAUCAUUCUUAGUUUCUGUGUAGGCUUAGUGGAGCUUCCUCUAUCGAUUUUGCAUCUGCCCAAACUGGAAGACCUCCAUUUAAAAGACUGUACCAGCUUGGAGUUGAAUGCAUAUGGAUAUUACACAGAUGUCAACAAGAACGAUGAUAGGGCUACUGCUGCCAUUUUUCCAAAACUAAAUCUAUUGAACCUAGCCGGGACAUCAAUUCAAAACCAGAAGUUGGAGCUGGAGAAGUUAACGGGGUGUGAUGAAAUUUCGGCCAAUGAUCAAGAGCUUGUUCAUUUAUGUGAUCUAAUUUUUCAGUCGAAAGCUCUUGUUGAGAUCGAUUUAUCUCACUGCAUCCGGCUGAAGGAACUUCCAGAAAUCUUGGUGCCCAUGGAAGAUUUAUCACGUCUUCGUCUAGAUACGUGCACCAAUCUAUCACGACUUCCAGAUAGCAUUUCCAAUCUGGUACAACUGAAAGAGCUUAGUCUGCCUCGUACAGCAAUCCAAGAGCUGCCAGCCACCAUUGGAGAUCUGGCAUGCUUGGAAGAACUGAGACUCAAUUAUUGCACAAGUCUCAAACACCUCUGCGGCACCAUUCACAAGCUAUCCAAAUUGUACCGCCUCGAGUUGUCUGGUUGCAAUCAACUCAGUCACUUACCGGAGCUCCCUUCAUCCUUGACAUGGUUGGAAGCAUAUGGCUGCACCGCACUUCAAACCAUGUCAACUAGCGGCUUGAGUAAACAUAACUUCUUGAUGUGUGAAUGGAAUUUUGGAAACUGUGGGAAGCUGGAUUCAGAGGUGUGCAACAUGCUUUUCAAGAAGUUCACUCAAGAUGCAUUAGGCACGCGUACGAAAAGGAAUUAUCGUCGAUGGCUCUUACUUCCAAGAUUUUGGAAUAGUCCUGAUGGAUGGAGGCCUUCUGGGCUUAAUUCAGUGGUGACAGCCACACUUGGUCGCCUUUGGCAGUUGAAGGGACUAAUAUAUUGUGCUUCAUUCCAUAGCAAAUUUGCCCCAUUUGCUACAUUCAGAGUUGACUGUCACAAUUUGUCUAGCACUGGCGGGGGAAUGAUAGAAACCUAUUUCUAGGGUUCUAUCGAUAGGGUUGAGAAUUUGGGAAUUGAUGGAGAUUUAGGGAUUUAGAAGAGAAUUUGGGGAUUAGGAAUAGAAUUGGGGAAGAACA